CCUCGCCGAGCCUUUGCGUUCUUCUGCCUGAGGCGAUCCGGGGCGCGUGCUCUCGCGCUCUCCCACCCCGGCCACAGGCUGCAGCGGCGCAGAGGGCGGCGGCGGCGUCGGCGUCCGGAGGCUGCGAGGCGCGCUCCUCCCCCUUCUGCCUUCCCUCCUGCUCCUCCUCUUGCUGCUCCUCGUCGUCGCCCGCUCGGCCCGAGCUGCGAGCGGCAAGAUGGCGGCGCCCAGGCCGCCGCCCGGCAGGCUGUCCGGCGUCAUGGUGCCCGCGCCCAUCCAGGACCUGGAGGCUCUCCGCGCGCUGACGGCGCUCUUCAAAGAGCAGCGGAAUCGAGAAACAGCACCCAGGACUAUCUUCCAAAGAGUCCUGGAUAUCUUAAAGAAAUCUUCUCAUGCCGUUGAGCUGGCCUGCAGAGACCCAUCCCAAGUGGAACAUCUGGCUUCCAGUCUGCAGUUAAUAACGGAGUGCUUCCGGUGUCUCCGGAAUGCUUGUAUUGAGUGUUCUGUGAACCAAAAUUCAAUCAGGAACUUGGAUACAAUUGGUGUUGCUGUUGAUUUGAUUCUUCUUUUUCGUGAACUUCGAGUGGAACAGGAAUCCCUGUUGACAGCGUUUCGCUGUGGUCUGCAGUUCUUGGGCAAUAUCGCCUCCCGGAAUGAAGACUCCCAGUGUAUUGUUUGGACGCACGCUUUCCCGGAACUCUUUUUGUCUUGCUUAAAUCAUCCAGACAAAAAAAUUGUUGCCUACUCAUCAAUGAUUUUGUUCACAUCCCUUAAUUCUGAAAGAAUGAAGGAGCUGGAAGAAAACCUCAAUAUUGCGAUUGAUGUCAUAGAAGCUCACCAGAAGCAGCCUGAAUCGGAAUGGCCGUUCUUGAUUAUUACAGACCAUUUUCUGAAAAGCCCGGAAUUGGUUAAAGUCAUGUAUGCCAAAAUGAGCAAUCAAGAAAGGGUUACGUUGUUAGACCUUAUGAUAGCCAGAAUAAUGGGUGAUGAGCCACUGAGCAAGGAUGAGAUCCCUGGGUUUUUGAGCCAUGCCGAGCUGAUUGCGAACACUUUUGUGGACCAGUGCAAGAGUGUGCUGAAAUUGACCUCUGAGCAGCAUACUGACGAUGAGGAGGCACUGGCUACAAUUAGGCUUCUUGAUGUCCUUUGUGAAAUGACUGCUAAUACUGACCUGCUCGGCUAUCUACAGGUUUUUCCUGGCUUGCUGGAAAGAGUGAUUGAGCUUUUACGAGUGAUUCGUGUAGCUGGCCGUGACACCGUGAACAUCUUCAGCACCUGUGCUUGCAUAAAAGCAGAAGGUGACAUCUCAAAUAUGGCUGAGGGCUUCAAGUCUCAUCUCAUUCGUCUGAUUGGAAAUCUGUGUUACAAGAAUAAAGAUAACCAAGACAAGGUGAACGAGCUGGAUGGCAUUCCCCUGAUCCUGGACAGCUGUAGCAUCGAUGACAGCAACCCCUUUCUAACCCAGUGGGUGGUGUAUGCCAUCCGAAACCUCACGGAGGACAAUAGCCAGAACCAAGAUUUGAUUGCAAAGAUGGAGGAACAGGGGCUGGCGGACGCGUCCCUACUUAAGAAAAUGGGUUUUGAAGUUGAGAAGAGGGGUGACAAGCUGAUUCUGAAGUCUACUAGUGACACAGCUCAGCUGUGAAUGAACUCUCCAUCCCAAACUGAAUUUUUGGAAUCUGUUUCAUGGAUUUUUCAUCUUCCGCAGUAUGUGAAAUUGCGAGUGUUUGAAGAUUUAUUAAGUACAAAUUCAAGAACCCGUGAAUCUUUUAGACAAUAGAGUUAAAUGCGUAUAAGCUUAAAAGUGAAAGUACAUGAGUAUUCUGUGGUUUCUUUGCUUUAAAAACGUAAUUGUCUGGUUUACUUUUGUCCCCGUGGAUACAACGUGCGUUUAAGUGAUAUAUUGUACUUACUGUGGCCGCAGGUAAUAAAUUCCUCUUGUUGA